UCCGCGCGGCGGGAAUUCGCCAGAAGCGAACGGAAGCGGGUGACGCGAGGAGGUAUCGGCGCCGGAAGGUAGAGAGAGGGUCAUCGCGAGAGUCAUCGGGCUUGCACCAGGGAAAGAUCUGGUGGCGAACCGCCGAUUUUUGCGUUCCUCCUGCCAUGUGUGCGCGUGUGAGGGUGCGUGCGCGCGCGCGCGCGUGACGUCGGUGCGGAGACAAACGUCCUUUCUCUGUCUUUCUUUCUCUUCCGAGGGCCGUGCGUGUGAGGGUGUGCGUGUCGGAAGCGCUAAAUAAGCAAGUGAUACCGGUUGACGGGCGGUAGGUGGACUGGUUUCUAGAUUUGCGAGUCGGAUCGGAUUGAUUGGACCGGGUAGUUUAUGUGAUGUGAACGUGGUUUAAUGGUUGAUCCGCUCAAACUCUUCUGGGUUAUUACCAACAGCACCUACCUAGUAACGAAAUUCAUCCGCAUAGGGAUAGCCGACAAGAACGAUAAUCCCCCAUAUUUCGACAAGGGCCUCUACGAGGCUGAGGUAGAUGAAAAUGAGGACAUUCAGCACACGGUACUCACCGUCACCGCCAAAGAUCACGACGAGUCCUCGCGUAUUCGAUACGAGAUCACGAGCGGGAACAUAGGCGGUGCAUUCGCCGUGAAAAACAUGACCGGCGCCAUUUACGUCGCGGGUGCGUUGGACUAUGAGACGAGGAAGAGGUACGAGCUUCGGCUUACUGCUUCGGAUAACUUGAAGGAGAAUUACACAACGGUUGUAAUUCACGUGAAGGACGUAAACGACAACCCGCCCGUCUUCGAGCGUCCAAAUUACAGAACCCAAAUUACUGAGGAGGACGACAGGACUCUGCCGAAACGCGUACUCGGGGUAACUGCGACUGACGGAGAUAAAGACAGACCACAGAACAUUGUAUACUUCCUAACUGGGCAAGGUAUCGAUCCUGAGAAUCCUGCUAACAGCAAGUUCGAUAUCAACCGUACGACUGGAGAAAUCUUUGUUCUGAAGCCGCUUGACAGAGAUCAACCAAAUGGCCGAGCACAGUGGCGAUUCACCGUAUUUGCUCAAGACGAGGGUGGGGAAGGUCUCGUGGGAUAUGCCGACGUUCAAGUUAAUCUCAAGGACAUCAAUGACAACGCUCCAAUAUUCCCGCAAGGGGUCUACUUCGGCAACGUCACUGAGAACGGCACCGCAGGAAUGGUUGUAAUGACGAUGACUGCCGUGGAUUACGAUGAUCCAAACGAAGGCACAAAUGCAAAACUCAUGUAUUCUAUCGAAAAGAAUGUCAUCGAGGAGGAGACUGGCUCGCCCAUUUUCGAAAUUGAACCGGAAACUGGUGUAAUCAAGACUGCAGUAUGCUGCUUGGACAGAGAACGCACACCGGAUUAUUCUAUACAAGUCGUUGCAAUGGAUGGAGGGGGGUUAAAAGGUACCGGGACGGCAUCGAUACGAGUAAAAGAUAUAAACGACAUGCCACCGGCGUUUACGAAAGAGGAGUGGUUUACCGAAGUGGACGAGACGGAAGGACCAGAUCUGCCGGAAAUGCCGAUACUCACUGUUACUGUUCACGACGAAGACGAAACCAAUAAAUUCCAGUACAAGGUAAUCGAAAAUAGCGGUUACGGUGCCGAUAAAUUCACCAUGGUACGAAACAACGAUGGCACAGGAUCGUUGAAAAUUGUACAAUCGCUGGACUAUGAGGACCAACUGCAGAGUAACGGCUUUAGGUUUAGGAUACAAGUGAAUGAUAAAGGCGAAGACAACGAUAACGACAAAUACCAUGUGGCCUAUUCUUGGGUAGUUGUAAAAUUGCGAGAUAUCAACGACAAUCAACCGCAGUUCGAGAAAGCCAAUAUCGAGACUACUGUUCCGGAAAACGCCCGCAUAGGUAGUAGCCUGGAAACGUUCAAAGCCACUGAUCCAGAUCAAGGUGGAAAGAGCAAGGUCUCUUAUUCUAUCGAUAGAAGCUCCGACCGAAAGAGGCAAUUCUUCAUCAACGAAAAUGGCACCGUAUCAAUACAGAGAAGUCUUGAUCGCGAAGAAACUCCUCGACAUCAGGUUAAAAUUUUGGCAAUUGAUGAUGGAAUACCACCUAAGACCGCGACAGCCACCUUGACAGUCGUUGUACAAGAUAUUAAUGACAAUCCACCGAGAUUCCUCAAAGACUAUCGACCAGUCUUACCAGAGUAUGCACAAACGAAAAAGGUCGUUGAGAUUCUCGCUACUGAUGACGAUGAUCGAUCGAGAAGCAAUGGCCCUCCCUUCACUUUCAGGAUGGAUCCUAACGCAAACGAUGUUAUCAGAGCUAGUUUCAAAGUUGAAAGUGAUAACAAGGGAGCUAAUGGAGAUGGAAUGGCUGUAGUAUCAUCUUUACGAUCUUUUGACAGAGAACAACAAAAGGAAUUUUUAAUCCCCAUUGUCAUCAAGGAUUCUGGAAAUCCUUCUAUGUCUGGGACCAGUACUUUGACAGUUAUUAUAGGAGAUGUUAAUGAUAAUAAAAUGCAACCUGGUUCCAAGGAAAUCUUUGUAUAUAAUUAUGCAGGACAAUCGCCGGAUACCGAAAUAGGUAGGGUCUAUGUGUACGAUCUGGACGACUGGGAUUUGCCAGACAAGAAAUUUUAUUGGGAAGGAUUGGAGCACGCACAGUUCAGACUUGAUGAAGAUACAGGAAUGAUUUACAUGAAAUCCGGCACACAUGACGGCAAAUAUCAUCUACGAUUUAAGGUCUAUGAUCGAAAACACACGCAGACAGAUGUACCCGCGAACGUAACUGUCACCGUAAAGAGUAUUCCGCACGAAGCAGUAUUAAAUUCAGGCUCGGUUCGAAUAUCCGGAAUAACGGACGAAGAUUUUAUUCGUGUUUGGAAUUAUCAGAAUCAAACUCUGUCGCGUAGCAAAGCGGAUCUAUUUAGGGAUAAGUUGUCGCAGCUGUUGAACAUAGACAGGGAUAACGUAGAUGUAUUCAGUGUCCAAUUAAGAAGAGUACAUCCACCAUUGACAGAUGUUAGAUUCGCUGCACAUGGUUCACUGUAUUAUAAACCAGUCAGGCUUAAUGGCAUUGUGCUUAUGCAUCGUGAAGAGAUUGAGAAAGACGUGGGUAUUAAUAUAACUAUGGUCGGCAUCGACGAAUGUUACUAUGAAAACGAGAUGUGUGAAGGUAGUUGCACGAACACCCUUGAUAUUAGCAACCUACCAUACAUGGUGAACGCGAACAGGACUGCUCUUGUCGGCGUACGCGUAGAUGUGAUAGCCGAGUGUACUUGUGGAGCGCGAAACUUCAGUAAGGGAGAGUCCUGCAGGAACAGUCCUUGUUACAAUGGCGGACGCUGCGUAGAAGAUCGGUUUGGAUUAUCAUGUCAAUGUCCAUCUGGUUACAAUGGUCCGAGAUGUCAACAAACGGCCAGAAGUUUUCGAGGCAAUGGUUGGGCAUGGUAUCCCGCUUUAGAGAUGUGCGAUAACAGUCACUUGAGUUUCGAAUUUAUUACGAGAAAGUCCGACGGAUUAUUAUUAUACAAUGGUCCGAUCGUUCCUCCCGAAGUCGACGAAAUAAUGGUUUCCGAUUUUAUUUCGGUCGAAUUGGAACGCGGUAUACCGAGACUGCUGAUCGAUUUUGGAUCCGGCACUUUAGAAUUGAAGGUGAAACCAAAGAAAACUUUAGACGACGGCGAAUGGCAUCGGCUUGAUAUUUUCUGGAAUACAGAGACUGUGAAACUCAUCAUCGAUUACUGCAAAUCCGCGGAUAUAUCCGAACUGGAGGAUGGAAGCCCGCCGGAAUUCAACGAUACCAGUUGCCAAGCUACGGGAACUGUGCCGCCGUUCAAUGAAUAUCUAAACGUGAACGCGCCAUUGCAGAUCGGCGGUCUUUAUGUGGAACAAUUCGAUCCGUCGCACUACAAAUGGAAAUAUAUGCCAGUCGGCAAGGGCUUUGAUGGCUGCAUUAAAAACCUCUUCCACAACAGCAAACUGUACGAUCUCGCUCAUCCAGGUCUGUCGCGAAACAGUGUCGCCGGUUGCCCGCAAACAGAGGAGAUCUGCAAUAAUCAAGAAGCGACAUUCCGCUGUUGGGAGCACGGUACCUGUGUGGGCAGCUUUACCGAAGCGAGGUGCCAAUGCAAUCCCGGCUGGACUGGUCCCGGAUGCAUGACACCGACGAUUCCGACCACCUUCAAGCCACAGAGUUACGUCAAGUAUGCGUUGUCCUUCGAGCCGGAUAAAUACUCUACUCAGAUGCAAUUGAGAUUCCGCACUCGCGAGAUUCACGGUGAACUCUUCAGAGUAAGCGAUCAACACAACAGGGAAUACGCUAUUUUAGAAAUUAAAGACAGCAGACUGCACUUCAGGUAUAAUCUGAACAGUCUUAGAACAGAGGAGCGUGAUAUCUGGCUUUCGGCGAUAGCCGUUGAUGAUGGACAAUGGCACACGGUCAGAGUAUCGAGAUACGGAUCUGCAGCGACCCUGGAACUGGACGGUGGCGAAGGACGAAGAUUCAACGAAACCUUCUCCUUUGAAGGACAUCAGUGGCUCCUGGUAGACAAGCAGGAAGGUGUCUAUGCCGGUGGCAAGGCAGAAUAUACUGGCGUCCGUACUUUUGAGGUUUACGCAGAUUAUCAAAAAGGUUGCUUGGACGAUAUAAGAUUAGAAGGAAAACAUCUUCCACUACCUCCCGCUAUGAACGGUACUCAAUGGGGUCAGGCAACGAUGGCGCGAAACUUGGAAAGAAAUUGUCCAUCGAAUAAACCGUGCGCCAAUGUCAUUUGUCAAGAUCCUUUCGAAUGCAUCGAUCUUUGGAACGAAUAUGACUGCACUUGCGGAGAAGGAAGGAUUCCAUCGCCAGAUAACAAAGGAUGCAUGGAUAAGAACGAGUGUAUCGACUAUCCCUGCCUGAACGGUGGCAGAUGCAUCAAUCAGGAUCCGCGAUUCCGAUAUCGAUGCAUCUGUCCUGAUGGUUUCUGGGGCGAAAACUGCGAAUUGGUGCAAGAAGGUCAAACGCUCAAGCUUAGUAUGGGCGCGCUGGCGGCCAUUCUUGUUUGUCUUUUGAUUAUUCUUGUUCUCGUGUUGGUAUUCGUCGUUUACAAUAGAAGACGAGAAGCUCACAUAAAGUAUCCAGGUCCAGACGACGACGUGAGGGAGAAUAUUAUCAACUAUGAUGACGAGGGUGGCGGAGAGGACGACAUGACCGCAUUUGAUAUCACGCCCUUACAGAUCCCGAUUGGUGGCCCGAUUCCGGAAAUGGGCGGCAAGAUACCUCCGUGUAAAGUAGCCUAUCCACUUGGACCGGAGCCGAAUGUCGGCAUUUUUAUCGAGGAUCACAAGAAGAGGGCAGACAGUGACCCGAAUGCACCGCCCUUUGACGACUUGCGGAAUUACGCUUACGAGGGUGGCGGAAGUACCGCAGGUUCUCUGGAAUCAUUAGCAUCCGGUACAGAUGAUGAGCAACACGAAUACGAGUAUCUAGGCGCCUGGGGUCCGAGAUUCGACAAACUGGCCGACAUGUAUGGUCCUGCGGAGGAGAGUGAAGAAGAGGAUUAAGUUAGCGUCCAAAAGUACAGCCGAGUCUCUACAUCAUACCACACCGAGUCACGCGAUCCAUAUCAUCCGAAUGAGUGCUCGUGCGAUCUUGAUCAAGGCGACCUGAUCUGUCACGUCGGAUGGUCAGGAAUCUAUCACGAACAUUCGGAGGAUCCCGAGAGAUAUCCGCAUCCCUCGUCGAGAAUGAUAAAUUCUCGACGAAUGUGAAGCGGUAACAUUCUCAUAGUUGUGCGGUUAGUGAAAGUACUAUGACGUUAAACGUUACGUCAUCCGUAAUGUCAUCCGCGGUGCGUGCACAAAAAUAUACACAACACACGCACAUAUACAUAUAUAUACUCGGGAUCGAAAACGAAGGUUGCAAUAAUGCUGGAUGAUUAAUGGUAGAGAUGGUUAAUAAAAAGGCGGAGAGAAAAACGUCGCAGCAUACCUAUCUGUAUAGUACGUUAUGUAACGUAAAACGUAGUGAAAUAUCCAAAGAUAUUGCGCGACGAGACUUUUUCUAACGGAUUCCCCCUCCCCUCCUCCUCAUUGCAUCACUCCCUCACUCAUCGGUCACCAUCGGGGCAAAUUACUCCCCCGCGUACACUAAAUACAUAUAUACGUGUAGGUGUAUAUCGCGUUGUUGUCAUCAGUGUUGGAUCUUAGAUCAGCGUGUCGUCCUCGCGUAACCGGAAUCGUUUAUUUAUUUAUUUAUCGUCGCGAUGCGGGCGAACGCGUUAAAUGUGUUAAUCAAGGGCAUUCUCUCACACACAUACACAUACACAUACAUAGACACAGACACAUAACACGUUAACACGAUAUCGUUCUCUCGGCGUGUCAUGAUUCGUCGACGACGGCUCUCGUCGCAUAAAUUUUUUAUUUCUUCGUUCUUCUGCACGAGUUUCGCAGGACCUCGAUCCUUAAUGAGUACAUUUCAUUGUCCUGAACGCGGAGGAGUUCUAAAAGCAGUGCACUCUCGUUCGUGACGGACGAUCCUACCGUAGAUAGUCUGCUAUAAUAGGGAUUAACGUUAAGGUAUCAUUAGUUGUCGCGACAUCGGCUCAUUGUCGUCAUCGUCAUCGUCAUCGCCAUCCUCAUUAGUGAUAGUAUUAUAUUAAAUAUUAUAAUAUAUAUAUAUUAUAAAUAUUUAUAUAUAUAUAUAGAAGAACGCACGAAGCGAAAAAAAGAGAGAAUGAUUAAUGAGAAAGUCCAAGAAGAGAGGGAAGAGAAACUUGCGUUGACAGAGAGAAAGCACGUUUAUCGUGCGCGUAAUGUAAUUAUUAUAAUUUUAAUAUAGCGGACAUAAAAAGUCUAAGUAUAAAUACAAAUAUAUAUAAAUAUAUAUAAAUAUAAAUAUAAAUAAAAUAUAUAUUAUACAUACAGACAGAGGACACGUACGAACAUACAGACAACACGAGAAAUGAGAUGAUAUACAUCCGCUAAACUAUGCUCACGUUGAUAUAUCUCGAAAUAGUUUUUAAUAUUUAUUUUACGUCAUCGAAGAGAGGGGAGAUAUAGGAGAAUUCGGAGUGCAAAAACACAGCACGACGGGGUAUAUUAAAUAUGCGUGCACGAGGAGAGAAAGAAAUGUGGAAUUUCAGAUUCUAGUCAUCUCAAAUGAUUCGAUGAUGCAUUGUUUCGAUGUAGAUUGGAUUUCCUGAACACUUUUCCAUAGGGACGAUUUCCAGAAAGAUAACACAUUUGUACAUUAAAAUUAUAAAGUAAAUUAUUGAAAAUUUUCUUUUUUUUUACUUCGAAAAUUGUGUGUAGUUUAGGAAAAGAUAAAAAUUAAUGUAUAAAAAAAUAAAGGAAAAAACUGGCAAUAUGAAUUUUAAAUCGGAUCGAGUGAAUUAAUUAAUGAAUAAGGAGGAUACUUUAGAUUUUUUUAUCUCGACAAAAUUAGAAGAAUCGAUUGUGCGCCGAGAAUAAAAGUAAAACAACCGACCUAAGAAAGAGAUUCAUAAGAGACUUGAUGAGAUCCUCGUGCACGCUUGAUUAUGUCGUCGCGCCUUUCGCGGAAAGGAACUUUCCACGCACCGAGCCCCGACUGAAACCUGUAAAAUUCUCAACGGGAAUUUAUUAAUAGUCAAUUUACCAGUUAGAGAGAGAUGGCGUUAUAAAAGAUGUACGUCGUAAGCACUUGUACGAAUAUUGUAAUUAACAUGUGUAUGAGUGUGCCGGCGCGCGCAAUAUUCUGCGCAACGCUGUAUAACUGUCCUACCAAUGAUCGUGUUUGCGUAUGGUUUCUCAACGAAUUUGUGAUAUUAAGUUGCGUAUGUCUACAUCCUACCACCUAUCUAAACACACGUCCCGCGUACAAUCGUUGCUCCCGAGGACUGCGAGCAUCGAGCUCUGAUGAAGCAAGAGGAAAUUUUUUUAGACAUUUGAUAUUGUCUGACUGAUAAUCAGUUUCAAGGGCAACUUGUAUGAAAGAAUUGUUGCAAUUCCCAAUUUCUUUGUUCCUAAAUUGAGUAGAUUACGCAAAGAUGAUGAUGGCUUAAUGAUAGAAUUUCGAUAUAGAAAUAGAUUUUUUUCGAACUACAACGAAUGUCCGAGAUGUAAAUUUACCAUCGCGUUAUAAUAUGGCAAUAAUUCUACUGCGAGCAAUAAGUUCACUAGCAAUAGAUACAGUUUUAGUUUCACGCAUUUAAAAUUUGUCACUUUGAGCUACUUGAUUCAUAAAAUUCGAUUGCAUAAAGAAGGAAUAUCGCGAAUAGAGAAGAGAGAUGUAUCUCAAUGCAUGAAAAUUGAUGAAAAGGUUUAUUUACAUUUAUUUUUCAAGGCAAAUAACUUAUUUUUGAGAAAUUUUAAAGAAAUCGCCGAAAAUUUUUCUAUAUAUUAAAUUUUAAUUAAUUUAAUCUUACAUUUUAAGACUUUUAUACAUGUAUACAGUGUUUAUUAUUUUAAGAAUUGUCAUGAUCUCUCGGUGCCCGUAUGUCCGAUUCAUCGAAGCCCACCGUUCAUCCUAGAUCUUUUUAGUCUAUCCAUUCCUUGUCAUGUGCUCGAUCCCGUAAAGUAGAUUCUAAGCAGAGACAGUAUUUGAAUGGGGAUUAUUAUUGAAGGACGAAAGAAUUAUCGUUGAGUAACUGUAUUGAGUAGCGCGCAAGUGCGCGUUGCGUGUGUGCAGUGGCAAAAAAAAAA